UUCCCCUGGCGGAGAAAAAAAAAAAUAGCUGGCAUGUGAGUUUGGCAAAAAUUAAUAUUAAGAGAGUAAAUUUGAUUAUUUCUUGUUAGGCCGUUAUAACAGCUAUGGGUAAAAAAGGUAAGAAAGAGAAGAAAGUGAAGGGAGCGGACAAGACGGCGGCAAAAAUGGAAAAAAAAGUUUCCAAAAGAUCGAAACGAGAAGAGGAGGAUUUGGAGGCUCUUAUUGCUGAGUUUCAGAGUCUGGAUGCAAAGAAAACCCAGGUUAUAGAGACUACUUGUCCUCCGCCGUCUCCAAGAUUGAAUGCAUCUCUAUCUGCCCAUCCUGAGAAAGAUGAGCUCAUUCUGUUUGGAGGAGAAUUCUUCAAUGGACAGAAGACGUAUUUGUACAACGAUCUGUUUUUCUUCAACAUAAAGAAGAGCAGUUGGGUCAAAUCCGAAAUCCCCAACCCUCCUCCUCCACGAUGCUCUCACCAGGCGGUCGUAGUUCCUCAGGGUGGGGGUCAACUCUGGGUUUUUGGGGGAGAGUUUGCUUCGCCGAACGGGGAACAGUUUUACCACUACAAGGACCUUUGGGUGCUGCACCUGGCUGCAAACACUUGGGAGAACAUCAAGGCACCUGGCGGUCCAUCUGGUCGCAGCGGACACAGGAUGGUCCUCAGCAAGAGACAACUGCUGGUGUUUGGAGGUUUCCACGAGAGCACCAGGGAUUUCAUCUAUUACAGUGACGUCUACUCAUUUUCCUUGGAUACCUUCUCUUGGUCCCGCCUCUCUCCAUCUGGUUCUGCCCCCUCGCCACGCUCUGCCUGUCAGAUGACCUCCACUCCUGAUGCCUCAGGCGUCAUCAUCUAUGGUGGAUACUCUAAAGUGAGAGUCAAGAAGGAUGUGGAGAAGGGAACCAUACACUCUGACAUGUUCCUUUUGAAGAGAGAGGGUAAAGGUGACCAAGAGAAGUGGUUGUGGUCCAGGGUGAAUCCGUCUGGUAACAAGCCCCCUCCUCGCUCCGGCUUCUCACUGGCUGUCGGCCAAAUGGGUCGAGCUGUGCUGUUUGGUGGCGUCUGUGAUGAGGAGGAAGAGGAGACAUUAGAAGGCGACUUUUACAAUGACCUCUACCUUUACGACACAGUGAAGAACCGCUGGUUCCCCGGCAUACUCAGGGGUAACAAGACUGAGAAGAAGAGACGGCGGAGGGUAAAGGGUGGAGCUGAGGGAGAAGGAGCAGACAAGGGGGAGGAGGAGGACACUGCUCCUCAAGGUCCUACUGAAAUCAUCAAAGAAAUUGUGAUGGAAGAUGGCACCAUGAUGACCAUCAAGGAGGUGAUUCAUGCAGUCCAGCAGGAGGAAGAGGAGGAGGAGGACGACGAAGAUGACAACAAUGUAUCAGCUUUGGCGCCCCUGGUGGAGCCGUGUCCGAGGUCGAGCGCCAUGGCAGCAGUGCGUCAGGGGAAGCUGUUCCUGUAUGGGGGAAUGUUUGAGGUGGGCGACCGGCAGUUCACGCUGAAUGAUCUCUACUGUUUGGACCUCCACAAGAUGGACCGCUGGGAGGUUCUGGUUGAAAUGGAUCCAAAGACACAGGAGUGGCUGGAAGAGUCAGAUUCUGAGGACAAUGAGGAGGAGGAGGAGCUCAAAGGAGCUGAAGGGGAGGAAGAGGAGUCAGAAGAGGAAAGUGAGGAUGAAGAAGACGAAAGCGAACACCCUGAGGUUCAGGAGGGAGAAGCGGUGACUGAUUACCAGGCGGCGUACGGAGCAGCACUGAUCGGAAGUUGCACGUGCCAACAUGGGGCCUGACGCCAAGAACAAAAAUGGUGGCGCAAGUGGCCGUCGCCAUGGCGAAAGUCUUCUAUGAAGACCAGUUAGUGGGACACAGCAACAGUGUGAUGUGUGCGUGGACGUGUGCAUCAUACUCGUACGUGGGAACGUGGAUUUAAUUUGCAAAAUGCAGGUGGAUUUUCCAGUCAAAGAAAUGUGAUAAUGUGAACUAUUUAUAACUCAGAUCACUUCAGUUGUAUUGAUUUUAUACAUUUUCAAUAAAUAAGCCUCAGUAU